AGCCUGUGAGAGCGACGGAGGGAGCCAGCCAGGAGCAGCAAGCAGCCUGCCAGCCAGGCCAGCCAGCCAACAGCCUCACUGUCUCAGUCUGAACGAUGGCUCAGUGAGGUGAUCAAGGCCCCAUCUAUCGCUCUCGCUCUUUCUCUCUCUCCCUUCGCCUUCGUCGCGUUCGUUUUAAGGGGGUGACUGGCUCUUAUUGUUUUUUUUAUUACCAUUUAUCAGUGACCUGUAUUCCCGUGUCUUGACGGAGAGUGUGUGUCCUUUUUAAAGUGUCCAAAGGAAAUCAGCUGGUGUCCCCUGGCUUCACGUAGCAGGGUAUCAUCACCACCAUCAUCCUCGCCACCUUUUCUCUCCCCCGACCGCCACCAUGCAGGUGGAGAAGUUAGUUUCUAAAGCAUCAAGCAGGGCUUGGGGAUGAGAAGGAUGGUGACCACAACGUUGAGAGAGAGAAAGAGAUCUCUUUAGAAAUAGAGAAAGAGAUAGAGAGAGAAAGAGAGAGAGAGUCACUUGUGAUUCUUCUGACAGAGAGAGAGAGAGAGAGAGAGAGAGAGAGAGAGAGAGAGAGAGAGUCACAGUGAAAUUUUAAGAACCUGACUUAAGCAAAGCACUCAACCUGACUCCCCCCUCCUCUUCCUCUUCCUACUCCUCCUCCUCCUCUUCCUCCUCCACCUGCUCCCAACUCAUCAUGGAUUCAUCAUUCAACCCCCAUCCCAUGUUCACCCAUGAGUUCCUUAAGCGAUCGACAUUAUACCAAAGGAAGCUCUGCGGCGACAACAUCGAUGCACUUCGUUCCAGGAUGCUGUCUCCUUCCAUCUCCCCGGCAACGUCCCCCACCCUGACCCACAGUGGCUCCCCGACGCCGCCCUUAUACCCGACACAGCCCAAGAUCUCGGGCAUACCGACAGUCGCCGCAGCUUCACGGUUUACUGCGCCUGUCCACAUAGAUGUCGGCGGAUCUAUCUAUACAUCGUCGCUGGAAACGCUCACAAGGUUCCCGGAGAGUCGCCUGGCACGUCUCUUCAACGGCACCAUUCCCAUCGUGUUGGAUUCCCUCAAACAGCACUACUUCAUCGACCGAGACGGGAAGAUGUUCCGACACAUCCUGAACUACAUGCGCCACGGCAAGACCCUCUUGCCGGACGACUUCACCGACCACGACCUCCUGCUGGAGGAGGCCAGGUUCUUCGAGAUCAGCGGUCUGGUGAAGCAGGUGGAGGAGAUGAAGAGGACCCGUCAGGAGGCCCGCAAGGCGUCCUCGCAGUCCUCACAGUCGCCAAAGGCACCGGCGUCGCUGAAUUCGUCAUCCAGCUCCUCCUCGACCAUCAGACACAGGCCCCUCGUCAAUGGCAUCAAGAAGGAAGACGACGGCCACGGAUAUGACGUCAUUGCACUCAACAUCUGCCCAGACUUGGGAGAACGGGUCAUGCUGUCGGGAGAGCGCUGCGUCAUAGAGGAGCUCUUUCCCGAAGUCGCUCAGGCCAUGAUGGACGCGAGGUCCUCCUUAUCUUGGAACCACGAUCAACGGUUCAUCAUCAGAUUUCCAUUGAACGGCUACUGCAAGCUCACCUCUAUCCAAGCCAUCCAACGUCUUCUCAAUUCGUCCUUCACCCUGCUAGCCAGCAACGGCGGAGGCGUGGAGGGCCAACAGUUCUCAGAGUACCUCUUCUGCAGGAAAACCGUUCCCCUGUGAUUGUUCCUUUAGACGCUGAGGCCAGCUCGGGUAGUCCCUCCUUUUGAAAAUCGCGGAGAUCUGAAUACGACCUUCAUGUGGACCUUUUCGCAGGAUGACAUCACCUUACAACCGUCAACAGAAGUUUAUUAUUCCAUGUACCAGCACUACUUUCUUUCCCGCUUGUACGGCUCACCGUGUGUUCCUCCGCCGCUCACUUCAAGGGAAGUUCUGAGGGUAUUCUGAAGGCCAUCGUCACGCUAACAAAUGAAAGGGGACCACGAAAGGUCAAUGAUGAGCUCCCGGAUUAAUGUCAAGGAGGUUUUUUUGAGCUCAUAAAAACAAAAAACAAAUAAAAAAAAAAAAGAUUUAUCAACCACUCGCACGUUAAUCUAUUUCAGUGUUUCGAUGGUUUUUCUCUCCAAGGAUUUUUUGCUUCAACAAAAUGUAUCUACCUGUUAUGAUUUUAAGUCUAAUUGGUUACAGUGACGUUUGUCAGUCAGUAAGUCACUCGAACAGGUGAACUUUCGAAAACUGAUGCUAUAAAUAUAUAUACAUAGUUAUAACAAAUAUGUAAGUUUUUCUAUGAAAGUGAAUGCAAAGGUAUAGUCAUUUAAUGAUCAAUAUUGGUGUUCAUUCAAGCUGUGUUUAUAAUGGUGAUAAGGAAUGAGAUUUUAAUAAUUAAUUAUAAUGUUGAUACAGAUUUUAUUUACAAUGUUUAUGCUGAGUGUAAAAAGGGUCAAUAUUGUGUGUUCCUGGACGCCGGGGGCAUCGUGGAUUCUUCAGUGCCAUGCUUUGUUCUCUGUCUCUACCCUCGGGUACCCGUCAGACUCGGGGGCACCGUGCCAGGAUUUCACGGGCAUUUCUUGAUGGGACGGAUCGAUUACUUUGUUUCGAAUCCUACGGCCGUUGCAACACUACGGUUUUACUAAUGCCGGAAGUAUGUUUUUAGUCGAAAAUAGUUUUCAUUUAAAUGGAGAAACUAUUAAUAUGAAAGUGACAUAAUCCUUAGCCAGGAAGAGUUAAUUUACAUCUUGUAAAAUUUGGUGUCGUUGGAUUUCAAAUAUGAGCGUCAUUUUGAAGUUCUGGGAACUUUCAACAUUGUUUUAGAACUUUGCUACAGUAAGAAAAGGACAGAUCUUCCAUUAUUAUACUUAAUCAAUCGUAAAUUCUGUGAAAAACAACCUCUGAAAGUAGGACACGAAUUUUUGCAUUACGUAGGUCAAAAUACUGUAAAUGUAAAUGCAACGUCAACUUAAUGAGUCUUAAAUAAUGCUAUACUACGGAUCAUGUCAAGUGUCUCAAAAAAAAAAAAAGUCACAAAAUCAAAUGAAGUUGUAUCGGCAAUGCAUCCUAUACAAAAAAAAUGCUUGGCAAAUGGGUACAUGGUCGACAAUUACUCUCUCUUCUUUAAAAUACGAGCACUCGACUUGGGUUAGGUCGUGAGUACCUGGUCGACAUGUACACUAUCUGCUGAAAGACCAUCAGAGUCUACAUUUUUAACUUAAAGAUUUUAUAUAUAUAUAUAUAUAUAUAUAUAUAUAUAUAUAUAUAUAUAUAUAUAUUAUCGUAAUCGACUGACUUAACAUAUGGACACGGCGCAAUAGACUGUUGCCAUUUGGAUCUUGACGCAAGCAGCUCGUUGCAUGUCAGCUACUAAAAAAGGAAAAAAAAAAAAAAAAACUGGAACUGUUUAAUUGUUCACUGUCCCAUCAAGUUUUGCCCAGCAGUGCCACCUGGGUGGGUGCCCGGGAGACAUCUUGUCAGCGACAACAGUUUUCUGCCAAGUGAUUCAGGAUUUCAGCAUAAUUUAAGGAUAUCUGUAAAGAAAUGAUUUUAGUAAGUUAGAGUUUUUUAGGAAUCUCUAUGUGGGUCACUCUUGGUUAGGACAAUACGUGAAAAGUACACUAAGCUCAUCAGCUCUUUCAUUCCUUCAUUUUUAUUCGUUUCCAUAAAUUGCGCGCGUUUGUAUCGCAGCGUCUUGUUGAGUUUUCUAAAGGAGGCCAUGAACUAUCUUAAGUUAUGAUGUUGAUAGUCAGGUAGUCAGCUCCGGAUCAUUUGCGAUCACACAAGAUGUUUGUAUUUAUUCAUGAGUGAAAAUGAUUAACAAUUGGUUUAAAGAAGAGCUGAAUCAUUCAUGCUGGGAAGAUGCAAAAAUAAUGCAGGCACUCAAGUCUACUAUUUCAUUAUUUUGACCUAACUAAGUGUACUUUUGGGCUCUAUUGGGUUCCAUAGAGUUUUAUUGUGCCAUAAUUCAAUGGGAAGCUAACCACUUGGGGGAAGAGUAAUCAGUGUUCAGCCGAAAAAGUACAGGUGCGACAGACGAGAUGGAACAAUCUGAAAAUGGCAUUAAAUGCGAGUGCUCCAUUUAUUCAUCGCUAAUGGACAUUCGAGAUGCAGUAAGCUAUUUGUUAAACGCGAGAAUUUUUCUGGGUCGAAAAUUACCUACAAAAAUUCAGUUGUCACAGCUGAAUAUAUUCCAUCCAAGCCCUUUUGCACUUUCCAGGUGAAACACAAAAGAUCUACUUAUCCCCCAAGACUCACCUCUACACCUGCCACCGUGGGCCUUACGACUUCGUCAAUUUUUAUUUUGUCUGGAUUUUUUUCUUUCCAGAGGUCAGGUCAGGUCAGGUCGCAGUACAAAGCACAGGGGUUGAGCCUGGUCAUAGCUUCCCUUUUUUUAAACUAAUGUACAUAUUGAAAGGUGGUGUGUAUGUGUGUGUUUAAAUUUUUAAAAAAAGAACGGUGUUCACCAGUAAGGGAAAUAAUAACCUCUACAAAGAGUGGGGUGAUGGUGAAAUGUUAUGCGCGAUUGCCCUAGAGUUAAGUCCAUGAAUUGGCAACGUUGUAAGACACGCCAUCCAGCAAUUAAUUGUUUCCUCUAAAUAUUUUCGCCACCAUAGAAUUUUUCCUUCGGCCGCUACCAAAAUCAGAAGCCACCGGCCUUUUGGAUCGAAGACCCGAAUAAGCUGAACAUUCACGUCUGUCAUCGAGUCAAACCUAAUCUGAUUAAUCAAGUUCUGAUUUCCGAUUCUGAGAAACUAGAAAUACCUUUUACAUACAACCGGAACAUCUCAUUCAGACCAAUAUGUUAAUCUCGGUUGGUCCUUAACCAUCCAACUAGGAUAUUUUGGGCGGCACAAUCUGCAAUGCCCUUCCCAUUUUCUUUUACUUCGAUUCAAAAUAAGGUAGCGAGUGGAUCCUCCUUUUGUAUCUGCCACAGGAAAAAAGAUAAUAUAUAAAUAUAUACUAUAUUCAUUGUUUCCUAUGUUAGAACAAUCCUAUGUCAAGCGAUUUUGUCCUUUUCGGAUAUCGCAUGAAACGCAAAUAAAAACAAUUUUAAGGUCACGCGUGAAUCGGUAUAUUUCAUACACAGUACAACAAUUGUAAUACAUCUCCCACAGAAUCUAGAGUCUCGUGCAGUUUGUAAAAUUGUGUUUUGAAGAUCUCAUCAUAGCAGUCAUUAAAAAAAUACUGUAUUACUAUUCUCAGUCAAGUCGGGCUCCCUGUGGUAUUUCUCACACAUGAACAGGCGCGAAACGUUAUAAUUGUUCUCUUAAUUACCUUUCAAAUACAUAAAAUAACAACAAAACAUGAUAAUCGGGUGCAAAUUCAAUUAACAAAGGCAAGAGGUUAAUAUCUGCGUAUUCCAGAGCAUCCUCACACAUGAACUCACUAUUUGUCCUUUCAAAAUUAUGGAAACAGAAUCAUCAAACGCAAUACAGACAACACACACAACAAGGUCGUCGACAGGCAGGCGAGUUGUAAAAUAACAAAAGAAAUAUACCUGAUUCAGUUGUGUUGACCUCCGUCUCCCAUUGCAAACAGGAAAACUAGUGUCUAUUCAGUGUUGUAACAGUUCCCAUUACCAUCCUUCUGUCAAACUGCUUCUUUAAAAACGGAUUUCUCUACAGUCGUCAGUGGUCAUGAUAUGUAUUUUGCUUCCAAUAAAAAAGAAAUCAUAAAAACAGCGCCCUGUUUGCCAAUAGGAAUGAAGUAAAAUAAAGGCGUUUCGUGGCGUGCCAGAAAUAACAAUAUUAUAUACCUGAGGGCCAGGCUAGUUUGUCCUAUGAAUCAACGUGGUGCCAUACGAUAGGCAAGCUAGCAGUCCUGAUGGGCUCAGGCCACGGGACUUGAAUGCAUACAAAGCAGGUUGAAUGGCAUACAAUAAACUGCACAUUUCUCUCUCUCUCUCUCUCUCUCUCUCUCUCCACCACACAUACAUGUUGAAUAUAAAUUUACAAUAUAUUUUUUUCUAGCGUCCUGUUUAAUUUCUUCAGGAUUGGCUAAAAUUAUUCAGAGAUCCCAUUACCUCCAAAAAUACUUUCACAACUUCCCCUUCUCUCUCUCUCUCUCUCUCUCUCUCUCUCUCUCUCUCUCUCUCUCUCUCUCACAUGCAGACACUUUUUCUCAUCACCUACUUUGUCUUCUCUAUCAUUGACCUCUUCCUCUCCUCUCGAGUUGAAGCCAAAACCGUCGCCUUGUGUUUGUGUGCCUGUGUCCUCAGCCAAUCGAAGUGCAAGGGACGGCGGGGUGCCCUUGCUUUCUGUGAUACGUGUGUAUGUUUUCUACUAACGAGUCAAAAUUCUCAAAAUGAUUAUAGCGAGAAUUAUAAUGUUUAAUUUUAUCUCAAACAGGUGAAGUGUUCCAUUCAUCUUCAGGAAUAGAAAUAAAAAUCUAUGUCAGA